UUACCCUCCCUGAAGUGGGCCGUAAUGAUAAAGACCGAGAGGACCGCGAAUAGGACCGUGGAUGCCACGAUAACGGGAAGUGACGAGGUGAAAACCGCUGUUUCUGCUGCCGUGCGUCCAGGCACAUAUGCAGAUCCUAAAUUCCCGGAGACGAAUACCUUGCUAGCCGAUUGGAGCAGGCGGGUGUACAUGUCUGUA